GCGCCCCCCGCGCCGUGAGGAGCUGCGGCCGCCGCCAUGGGGAGGAAGUCGAGCAGGGCCAAGGAGAAGAAGCAGCGGCGGCUGGAGGAACGGGCCGCCAUGGCCGCCGUCUGCGCCCGGGUCGAGGCCGCCAACAAACUCCAAGACCCCCUGGAAGCCUUCCCGGUGUUCAAGAAGUACGACCGCAACGGUCUGAACGUGUCCAUCGAGUGCCGCCGGGUCUGCGCUCUGGAACCUUCCACCCUCGACUGGGCCUUCGAGCUCACCAAGGCCAACAUGCAGACGCUGUGAGUCACCUGCCUGUGCCACCUGUCACCUGCCAGUGC